AUGAAAUCCCCGGGUGAAUUCACACUUGCUCAUGCUAUGCGCUUGUUCUCGGUCCAUUCGCUCACUUUACCUUCGUUACGAUUAGGUCUUUCCAAUUUGUCCACUGUGCCGGAAAAGACUGUCCCAAUUAAUUCAACCGAAUCGGAUACCGUACCAGUAACCUUUGUCAAACCAAAUCCGUGUGGUACACCCCAUGCUUGUGAUAAUACCAAUCCAGACGGACAACAACCUACUCACUCAGAGGAUGACAGUAAGACUAAUGCAGAAUUUGAUAGUACGGCGCCACUGACCGAAACAUCCUGGAUUCAACUUCAAUCCAAAUUGAAAGAGGUUCCCAGACAACCAUCUAAUCCAUGCGCAAUGUGUGUCAACUAUGAACAACAGCUUCAGGAUUUGCAGCAUAGCCAGCAAGAGAAAGACAAAGCCCUCCGGGCGUUGGGCAAAGAGCUGUCCUCGAAAACGACCGAGCUGAACGAAUUAACUCAAGUACGCGGUCAACUUGAGUCCGAAUUGAAGGCUCGAGUUACUGCUCAAAGCGACCGUCUUAACAAAAUGGAGUCACAGUUCACUCUGAUUCAAAACAGAGUGGAAAGCCUUCUGAAUAAUUAUCGCGCUCACCGUCAAACUACUGAGGCGGAGUUGGCUCGCCUAGCUCAUGAACGUCGUUCUGUCCAGGCUGACCUGGACGCACUUCAGAUGCAUUAUGAUGCAUUGUUGGGGCGACGUGCCACCGCGGCCAAAGAACUGAGCGCGCAACCUAUUCAUUUACCCAGUGAUAAGACAGAUUUGGAACUCCUUGCCCUACGGAUGUACGAGGAAAAUUUGUCCCUACGGGAGGCCCGUGAACAUUUGGACGAUCGUCUAAAGAGUGACAAUCAGUUCCAUCAGCAGCAGUUGGUUGCCGAGCGUCAGGAGCGGAUUAAUCUAGAGAAUACCUUGCAACGGGAAUUGGAUGAAGCCCACGCGCGUUUAGCCUCGCUGUCCGACUUGGAGAAGCAGCGAGAUUCUGAAGCUGCAGCCCGAUUGAAGGCAGAUGAGGACCUCAAGGCUGCGCGUAGUAAACUGAUCGAGUUACAGGUAAACGUCCUGUUGAUGAUUCUCUGA